CAUCUUUCCGAUUUAGGGUUUAUCAAAGUUUUAAACUCUUUCUCCACAACUCUUAAUCUCUCUGUCAACGAGAGACGCCACCACUCGAUGUCAAAGCUUCUCAAAUCAACGGCUAGCAUGUCUCCCGGCGGUGGAGAAUCAUCCUCGAUGGCGGCGAAGAAGAAGAACAAAAGAAGCCACAAGAGGAAGCGAGAAGAAGAGCUCGAACGCUUGGAUUCACUUCCGUGGAGCUCUACUAUACCUAUCGGAGAAGACGACGAAGGCGAAACGUUCUCCACCCUCUUCGCGGGUUCAGACGAGCUUGACGGAGGUUUUCUUUCGCUUGAAGAAAUUGAUGAAGCUGAUUACAAUCUUGCGGACUUUCCUGUGGAUGAAAGUGUGAAAGGAAAGAAAGGGUUGAAGUCGAAGAAGCAAGCUCAUGAUAAUAAUGACGGUGACGAAGAAGAGGCUGUGGAUGAGAUCUCUGAAGAUAAAGUAGGAGAAGAAGAAGGUAAAGGAGAGGGUGUUGUGGAGAGUCGUAAGAAAAAAGAGAAGAAAUAUAAAAAUAAGAAGAAGAAGGAGAGGAAGAAGAGGGUUAAGGAGGCUGUAGAGGUUCAGGAAUCUCCUGAUGCCGUUAGCUGUGAUGAGGAGAACAAAGCAGAGGAGCUAGAUGGUGAAGAAGAAGAGAUUCCCCCAGAGUUUAGUGCAUGGAGUUUGAUGAGACUCCAUCCACUACUCAUGAAGUCUAUAUACCAUCUCGGAUUCAAGGAGCCGACAAAAAUCCAGAAGGCUUGUUUUACCGUUGCAGCAUUUCAAGGAAAGGAUGUUAUUGGUGCUGCGGAGACAGGGUCUGGAAAGACGCUUGCUUUUGGGUUGCCCAUACUCCAACGUCUCUUAGAUGAGCGUGAAAAGGUUGGUAAGUUGUUUGCAUUGAAGGGAGAGGAAGCGCAGAAAUAUUCUGCAGAUGGCUACUUACGAGCUCUCAUCAUCACUCCAACUAGGGAGCUUGCUCUACAGGUGACGGAACAUCUUAAGAAUGCUGCCAAAAAUCUCGGCGUCAGGGUCGUUCCUAUUGUUGGUGGGAUGUCAUCAGCAAAGCAGGAAAGGCUUCUGAAAGGAAAACCAGAAAUAGUUGUUGGAACUCCAGGAAGGUUAUGGGAACUCAUGUCGGCCGGAGAAAAGCAUCUUGUUGAGCUGCAAUGCUUAUCUUUCUUUGUGCUGGAUGAGGCUGAUAGAAUGGUGGAAGGUGGGCAUUUCCGGGAGCUGCAGUCGAUAAUUGACAUGCUUCCAGUGACGGAUAAACCAAACGAAGGGAAAACGCAGAGUUCUGAUACAGUUUCAGACGGCCCAAAGAAGAAAAGACAAACAUUUGUUUUCUCAGCUACCAUAGCACUCUCCUCUGACUUCCGCAAAAAGCUAAAGCGCGGCUCCUCCAAGUCAAAGCAGUCAUCGUCUGGUGAAGUGAAUUCUAUUGAGGUUUUAUCUGAAAGAGCUGGAAUGAGAGAUAGUGUUGCCAUCGUUGAUCUGACAACUGCGGCUAUUUUGGCACCAAAGAUUGAAGAAUCUUUUAUUAGGUGCGAAGAAGAGGAUAAGGAUGCUUACUUGUAUUAUCUUCUGAGCGUCCAUGGACAAGGACGGACAAUUGUUUUCUGUACAUCAGUGGCAGCUUUGCGGCAUAUCUGUGCGCUUUUAAAGAUUCUUGGAGUCGAUGUUUGCAAACUCAAUGCAGAUAUGAAGCAGCAAGCUCGGUUGAAGGCAAUGGACCGUUUCCGUUCAAGCGAAAAUGGAGUACUCGUGGCAACAGAUGUUGUAGCAAGGGGAAUUGAUAUUAAGAAUGUCCGAACUAUUAUUCACUACCAGCUUCCACAUUCAGCAGAAGUUUAUGUUCAUAGAAGUGGAAGGACGGCUAGAGCAUUCGCAGAUGGAUGCAGCAUAGCUUUAAUUGCUCCGAAUGAUACAUCAAAGUUUUACACGCUAUGCAAGUCAUUCUCUAAGGAAAGCGUAAAGAUAUUCCCUUUGGAUAGCUCCCUAAUGCCAGAUGUGAAGAAGCGGUUGUCUCUAGCACGUCAAAUAGACCAGAUUGAGCGAAAAGGGUCGCGGGAGAGAGUAGACAGGACCUGGCUCGAGAAACAUGCUGAGUUGAUGGAACUGGAGUUGGACGAAGAUGAAAGCGAAGAGGAAAAAGUAGACAAUGUUAGGCAGAGGAAAGCGACCUCAGCACAACUUAAAAAGCUGAAGGAGGAACUUAGCUCGCUAUUAUCACGUCCGAUGCAGCCUAAGAAAUUUUCAGACCGUUACUUUGCUGGGCGUGGUAUGUCGCCACUAUUACAGAAUCAGCUAGCAGAGUUAACAAAUCAGAAGCAGCAGCAACAAGUGGCAAGUGGUGGAGAUAAAAAGAGAAGAAAGCUUGUGGUGGUUUCCCAGAAUUGCAUCGAACCUCUUCAAGCCCUUCGUGACGGUAGUAAAGAGGUGAUGAGCAUGAAAGGUCAGAGUGCAGAUAGGAGACGCGAUAUAGCUACAUUGAGGAAGAAGAAAAAGGAAGAGAAGAUAGGUCGGCGUGAUCAGCGAAGGGAUCAGAAGAAGAAGAGAAAACUAAUGGCUUCUUAAGUGGUCUUUUAAAAAAACUUUUGUUUUAUCCAUUCAGAUGUUUUUUUUACAUAAUAACUUUUUUGUUUCGCUAAAGAACGGUUCAACUCCCAUUUUCUUAAACAAGAUAUCUCGUGUGUGUCAUUAUAAUCGACAAGUGUUGGAUCAUUUAAAGGAUAAAUUAAUAAUUCAUAAUGGGUAUGGAGAACAAA